CCGGGCGGGGCUCGCUGUCGGGUCGGUGUCCGCUCCAGUCUCCGCCGCCGCGGUCCUAGUGAGCGCGUCCCGCCAUGGAGCAGCCGCGGAAGGCGGUGGUGGUGACCGGGUUUGGCCCUUUUGGGGAGCACACUGUGAACGCCAGCUGGAUCGCUGUCCAGGAACUGGAGAAGCUGGGCCUUGGGGACAGCGUGGACCUGCAUGUGUAUGAAAUCCCUGUGGAAUACCAGACCGUGCAAAGGCUCAUCCCCGCGCUGUGGGAGAAACACAGCCCCCAGCUCGUGGUGCAUGUUGGGGUGUCGGGCAUGGCCACCACAGUGACGCUGGAGAAAUGUGGUCACAACAAGGGCUAUAAGGGCCUGGACAAUUGCCGCUUCUGCCCCGGCUCCCAGUGCUGUGUGGAGGACGGCCCCGAGAGCAUCGACUCCAUCAUCGACAUGGACGCUGUGUGCAAAAGGGUGACCACGCUGGGGCUGGACGUGUCUGUCACCAUCUCCCAGGAUGCUGGCAGGUACCUCUGUGAUUUCACCUACUACACCUCGCUGUACCGGGGCGGCGGCCGGUCAGCUUUCGUCCACGUUCCCCCGCUGGGCAAGCCUUACAACGCGGACCAGCUGGGCCGGGCGCUGCGGGCCAUCAUCGAGGAGAUGCUGGGCGUCCUGGAGCAGGUGGAGGGCGACAUCCGCUGCUGCCACCAGCACUGACCGCCGGCCACGCAGGCGGCCGGGGAGACGGCGGCGUGGAGGGCGACUCACCCCUGCUCCUCCCCCUGGCGGACCAGGCGGCUGGGCGCAGCGAGCCCUGUCUGGGGACGCGGCUGCUGCACCCCAGGGAGCCCGGGGCGACGCGGCCACAGGCUGGAGGCCGACGCCCGCCACGCCCCUGCCUUGACCCCAGCGCACUCUGUCAGGGCCUCCUCUCUGGCCAGGCCAGGGCCUCGCAAAGUGUCAUCAAGGAGUCCGCGCUAAUCUGUCCCCAGCAAAGCCACCUGGGACUUGGCUGCCUUUUCUGGGCCCCCUUCCCCCUCCAGUGCUAGAUUAGGGACGGAGUAAUUUAUAUUCCCAGGGUUAAAACUUCAGGCUCAGCCACAAGUGUCUUCUCUUUCUCCUGGAGGGGGAGGCCUCUCUUGCCUCCUGCCCUGGAAAUGCCACCACACUUUGGGUCCCUGUAGUGGGUCCCCUUUGCUCAGAAGAUCAGGCUGCUGUUGCCACCAAGGGUCUGGCCGUCCCUGGGCAGCACUGGCCCUGACAUGACCUUUCUUUUCUUGUUUUCUUUUCGAGUUUCAGAGUAUGUUUGUUGUCUUUUUUCUUUUCUUUCUUUCUUUCUUUCUUUCUUUCUUUCUUUCUUUCUUUCUUUCUUUCUUUCUUUCUUUCUUUCUUUUCUUUUCUUUUCUUUUCUUUUUUUUUUUUUUUGAGUCAGGGUCUCAGGUAGCCCAGGCUGGCCAUUUGAACUUACUAUGUAAUCUAGGCUGGUCUCAUCUGAACUCCUGAUCCUCCUGCCUCAGUGCCGGGAAGACAAGCGUUUGGCACUACCGAGGGCCCUCCGGGACCGGAACCUGACAGAACCAUCGCCACCCAGCAUCUGGGGUUGUCUCUACGCGGGACCUGGGACCGGAGGCUGCCUCGUUGCCCAGGCUUGCCCCCGCAUGUUGUACCAGCCCCAGGGACGUCUGGUGAACUGUUUAGAAGUGUGCUUGGGACGCAAGCCAGGCCUUGUCCUGUGGACUUUGAACGUCCAGGCCUGGAGGCGGGGCUGGAUGUGACGUGUGGUGGACCCCACCAAGACAAAGCUCGGUUCCUGCCGCCAGAAGCCACGUACAUUUUGGAUGCCACCUUCUGUUCUGUGGAGGAAUAGAGGGGGACCUCACCGUCCCCAAGUGUGA